AUGGCCCCGUCGCCCCUAGCCAUGGCUCCUCUCGACCUGCCGCCCCUAACCGCGGCCCUGGUGCCCUGUUGCAACAUGCAGUGGGGGGGAGGGGAUCUGCAGCACCAGACCCCCCCCGCCCCACCCCCCCCUCCCUUCUCCUACCUCCCCCUGCUGCGGCGCGGUGGGGGUACUGGUCCCUGCACCUACGUCCUCCGUACCGGCGACCGCGCUGGUGAGCAGUGCGGGGGCCCGCACUCCACCCAGCACUGCUUCGGCCGCCUGACGGACGCGUGGCGUCACCAGUUCCCUGACGCCUCUGAGAUCCCUCGCUGGGGAGAGCUGUCUAGGGCGGGGGUUGCUAUCUUUGAUCUUGAUUAUGAUGCUAUUCUUGCUGCCAUGUAUGCUGUGUCUGAUAGUGUUGAGGGUGACUGUUACCUGUGUGUUCCGCCUGACCCGGGCAUUGAGGCUGCUGCUCUAGGUGCUGGUGAGGCUGCUGCUCUAGGUGCUAGUGCGUCUGCUGCCCCAGGUGCUGGUGAGUCUGCUCUCUCAAGUACUACGUCGGCUCAGGCCUUACACACCUUCACCCUUGACUCGGGUGCUUCCCGCUCCUUCUUUCGAGACCGCACCACGCUUACGCCGCUUAGUCGGCCGGUUGCAGUCUCCCUGGCGGACCCCUCUGGGGGUCCUAUCCUUGCUAGCUUCUCCACUGUCUUACCGUACCCGGCAGCCCCCUCUGGCACCCUGUCAGGUCUCUACCUCCCCUCGUUCUCUACGAACUUGGUGAGUGGAGCUGAUCUACAUGAUAGGGGGGUUGACCAGUUCACUCCUGCGAGUCAGCGGGUGACCCACGCCUCUAGCGUUUACAUUCCUCAAAUGCUCAUUUGA